CAUGUAGAUUUCAGCUUUCUCUGAGUGCUUUCUCUUGAGUGCAAGACUUCCUUGAUGCAGAUAAUAUACAGCGACAGGACAUACAGUACCAUGGCUGUGGAUGAGAGCUGGCCGUUCCCACCAUCAGGGGCACUGCUAAGUCCUUUGGGGGGGGGAAGCUCUGGGCAAAUGGCACACACCUGCCUACAGUUUGUAGACAUGUGUGCAAAUUUAGCUUUCUGAGAAAAUUAAGACGGUGGGUGGUUGGGUGGGGUAGCUCACUGGCACAGUGCUUCAUAGCCCAACUGCUCCGUGAGAAAAGUGCAAGGGGUGUGUGUGUUGUAAGGGGUGUGUGUGUGUUGUAAGGGGUGUGUGUGUGUUGUAAGGGGUGUGUGUGUGUUGUAAGGGGUGGGUGGGUGUUGUCACAAGAAAGUUGGGGGCAGAAGAAGUGGGGUCCAGCACAAAAGGCUCAGGGCUUGCAAGCAAAGCCCUUGAUUUUUUUGGGCAUCCUUCCUGGAUUGCCACCACGUCUGUCUCUCCCUAUUCUGUCUGACCAGCCCGAAUCCCACACAGGAGAUCCUUUAUUAGGAGAGGACAAAGAAGGAAGGAAAGAGGAAAGGUUCUGAGCACGAGUGUCUUGCCCACCCCCACCUCACAAUUUAUGGCCCUGGCCCAGGAGUGGCUCUGGUGCCCUGGAAAGACAAGGGACCCAAAGAGAGAAAGAGGAAUUAGCUGAAGCUUUCCCCUGCCCCCACCCAAUAAACAAUAAUGUCUUUCACCAGGAAAAGGUGACCUUCGCCAAGGUGUGCCUGGAGCAAGAAAGCAGUGACCCAACUCAGCUCUAGCAGGUUCCUCGUCCGCACGAGGGAAGGGGGCCCACGACCUUCAGGAAACAUGAGAAGGACCAUGACGCCAGUACCUGUGCUGGUCUUCCUUAGCAUGGCAGCCCACCUCCUGCAGCCCACCCUCUGCUUGAGAGUCGGGGCUUUCAACAUCAAAACCUUUGGAGACAGCAAGCUGUCCAAUGAGACCAUCACAAACUUCAUCGUCAACAUUUUGUCCUCGUAUGACAUCACCCUCAUCCAGGAGGUCCGCGAUGCCAACCUGAGCGCAGUGAAAAAGCUGAUGAACCAUCUGAAACAGGCAUCACCAUAUCCAUACGGCUAUGUGGUCAGCAAGCCUUUGGGUCGCAACAGCUACAAGGAGCAAUACCUCUUCAUUUACAGGGAGGACAACCUCAUUCUCCUGGACAGCUACCAUUAUGAUGACGGCUGUGAGCCCUGCGGGAACGACACCUUCAGUCGGGAGCCCUUCAUUGUGAGAUUUGCGGCACCUCAGGCGGAGAUGGGGGAAGUGACCCUUGUGCCUCUGCACGCGGCUCCCAACGAAGCAGUGGCUGAGAUAGAUGCCCUCUACGACGUCUUCCUGGAUGUGAGAGAUAAGUGGGGGACAGAAGACAUGCUGUUCCUGGGAGACUUCAAUGCUGGCUGCUCCUAUGUGCGGCCUGAGGAUUGGCCCCGCAUCCGCCUGCGCACCAACAGCGCCUUCCAGUGGCUCAUCCCAGACACAGCAGACACCACUGUGACCAACACCCACUGUGCCUACGACAGGAUUGUGGCAGUCGGCCCCAGACUUAGAAGCGCCAUCCUGCCUGGCUCAGCCAAAGUCAACGACUUCCAGCAGACCUUCAAGCUGCAACAGAAGGACGCCUUGGCUGUUAGUGACCAUUUCCCCGUGGAAGUGACGCUGAAAUCUCUUGGCAUUUCCUCCACCCAACAUACCGGUAGACCCCCGAGGGGGCUGCAGAGCUCUGCCCUCCGGCUGCAGGAGUAGAAAACUGGUGGAUUCAAAGGCCACGCGCUUUAGUUUUGGGAGAAGCCUUCAAGGGCAGGCUCCAAGUGGCAUGUGAAAUCCAAGCACUCUUCAAAACAAAAGAUGAUUAAUUCCACCCCAAUGUUCCCCCUGCUGCUGAAUGAUGAUGCUAAAGACGAACUGCCAAAUUGCCAAAUAUCAUGGAUUAUGCAAGGGCCGGUGGAUCCAACAAAUGGAAACUCAACGAGAUGCCAGAUCUUUGCAAGCUGAGUCCGUCUUGUCCACUCUGGUCCUGCCAAGCCCUUGCUCCGCCUUUCGCAACCAGUUUCUUUUUGGACUACAACUCCCAUCAGCUCCCUGCCAGCACAGCCAUACUAGGAGGGGCUGUUGGGAGUUGUGGUUCCAAGCGCCUGGAGGACUGCCGCUCUUUGCAAAGGCCGAGGAAGACCACAAAAAGCUGGGCUGGGCAGCUGUAGCAACUGCUGGCAGCUGAGGGUUCCGUCAGCGCCAGGUCUGGAUGGGCACUCUGAGAGACCCCAAGCACUGGGACGAUGAGGGGGCUACCCACUCCCAUAUGCAAUUCAAAUAAAAAAAGUACUGAACCGUAAAGCAAAACUGUAUCGGUCAUGUUUCAUCCUGCCUCUUCUCUCAGUUAUCCGAACAUUAAAAAAAUUAAUUACACAAUGUACACUAUUUCUCUCUGUGUGUGUAAUAACUGUAACUCAGGAGAAUGCAUCAAUAAUAAAAUCAUAGAAUCGCAGAGAUGGAAGGGAUCCAAAGGGUUGUGUAGUCCAGGGGUAGGCAACCUAAGGCCCGGGGGCCGGAUCCAGC